AUGUCUCAUCAGGCUGUCUAUGCUCAGGAUGAAUAUGGCAGACCAUUUAUUAUUCUAAGAGAACAAGGAAAACGCUCAAGAGUCUCGGGUCUGGAAGCCCAAAAGACACAUAUAUUGGCUGCACGGACUGUCGCUAAUAUCCUAAAGACCUCAUUGGGCCCAAAGGGACUGGAUAAGAUUCUCAUUUCUUCUGAUGGAGACAUCACGGUGACAAACGAUGGGGCUACCAUCCUGUCUCAAAUGGAAGUCCAGCAUGAAAUUGGAAAGCUGCUUGUACAAUUAUCUAAAUCUCAAGAUGAUGAGAUUGGUGAUGGUACCACUGGUGUCGUUGUCAUGGCUGGUGCGCUAUUAGAACAAGCAGAAGAUUUGCUAGAUCGAGGAAUUCAUCCCAUUCGUAUUGCUGAUGGGUUUGAACGAGCUUGUAAUGUCGCUGUUGCCCAUUUGGACAAGGUCGCUGAUACUAUUGACAUUAUGGGUGACAACAAUGUCCUGCUCAAAACUGCCAAAACCUGUUUGGGUUCUAAAAUUGUAUCGAAAUGCCACGAACAAUUCGCACAAAUGGCCGUCGAUGCAGUCAUGUCUGUAGCUGAUCUAGAACGAAAAGAUGUGGACUUUGAACUCAUCAAGGUCGAUGGCAAGAUGGGUGGGUCUCUAUCAGACUCUAAACUUGUCAAGGGUGUAGUAGUAGACAAGGACAUGUCACAUCCUCAAAUGCCCAAAGAAGUACGAGACGCAAAGAUUGCCAUCCUUACCUGUCCAUUUGAACCACCAAAGCCAAAAACCAAGCAUAAACUUGACAUUACCUCGGUUGAAGAAUACCGUAAACUUCAAACCUAUGAAAAGGAAAAGUUUGAGGAAAUGGUACAGCAAGUCAAAGCUACAGGUGCUAACUUGGUUAUCUGUCAAUGGGGCUUUGAUGAUGAGGCAAACCAUUUGCUUAUGCAAAACCAGUUGCCUGCUGUACGUUGGGUUGGUGGUCCAGAAAUAGAGUUGAUUGCUAUUGCUACCAAUGGACGCAUUGUUCCUCGAUUUGAAGAACUAUCUGCUGCCAAGUUGGGUCAUGCUGGAAUCGUACGAGAGAUAUCAUUUGGUACAACCAAGGACCGUAUGUUGGUUAUUGAAGAAUGUGCCAACACCCGAGCAGUCACUAUCUUUGUUCGUGGAGGCAACAAGAUGAUCAUUGAUGAAGCCAAGCGCUCGCUCCAUGAUGCCAUCUGUGUUGUCCGUAACUUGGUUCGUGAUGCUCGUAUCGUAUAUGGUGGUGGAGCUGCUGAGAUUACUUGUUCCUUGGCCAUUGCUGCUGCAGCGGAUCAGAUAUCUUCUAUUGAGCAACAUGCCAUGCGUGGAUUCUCAAAGGCGUUGGAUGCUAUUCCAUUGGCAUUGGCUGAAAACUCUGGUUUGGCACCUAUCGAGACUUUGAGUGAAAUCAAAUCUCGUCAAUCAACUACUGGCAAUUCCCGUUUGGGUGUUGACUGUAAUCAGACUGGCAACAAUGAUAUGCGAGAACAAUUCGUGUUUGAUCCCCUCAUCUCUAAGCGUUCUCAAUUCUUGUUGGCUACUCAAUUGGUCAAGAUGAUUUUGAAGAUUGAUGAUGUUAUUAUGCCUGGAGGAGUAGGUCCUGAAGAAUAG